AAACGCCGCAUGCUUCCCGACCACCACCUCCCCCUUCCUCCAAAAUCCAAUCGCCCGCUGGCUGCUGCCCCCAUCCUCGCGCAACCGCACUCGCCGUCCCUCUAAUGGCGUCGCCGGGCGCCUCCUCCUUCGCCGCCGCGCUCGUCGCCGAGGACUUCCCGCUGGUGGAGAGGGAGGAGGAGAUGGGGAUGGCCCCGGACAAGUACCGCGAGGUGUUCGAACUCGCGCAGCGUGGCGCCCAUGCUUUCCGCAACGGCCGCUUCGAUGAGGCAAUUUCCUUUUACUCUAAAGCACAAACUUUGAGAUCGGGAGAUCCCACUAUCCUCAGCAACCGAAGUUCUGCUUUCUGUAUGAUAAGUCAAGUGUUGAGGGAGAGAUCAGCAGCUGACUCGGAGUACCAACCAUUGAAUGGUCUUGAUCCUACAACGCAUGCAGAGUUAGCGCUGAAAGAUGCAGAGAAGGUAUUAGCCAUCAACAGUAAUUCUCCAAGACCAUAUCUUCUCAAGGCAUAUGCACUUAUCCUGUUGGAGCAGUAUCACGAGGCACGGGAGGCCAUUCUUGCUGGGCUUGAAGUUGAUCCCCUCAGCCAUGUCCUGCAAAGCUGUCUCAGUGAUCUGCAGAGAAAUACAAAUAUUGCAGCUGGAGCAAGACACACAAGGUUGGUUAGGACAGAUGAUUUUGAGUGCAUGUUAUGUUUCAAGCUAUUGUUUGAACCAGUCACCACUCCAUGUGGGCACUCAUUCUGUCGCUCUUGUUUACAUCAAUCAAUGGAUCAUGGCAAUAAAUGUCCCAUGUGUCGAACAGUUCUUUUUAUUGGUCCAAAAACAUAUCCUAUAAGUGUAACGUUGAGCAACAUAAUUCAGAAAAAUUUUCCGGAAGAAUAUGCUGAGAGGAAAUCAGAAUAUGAGACUAUGACAUAUGCAGGCGUCGAUUUGAUGCCUCUCUUUGUUAUGGAUGUUGUACUGCCCUGUCAAAAAAUGGCACUGAACAUAUUUGAACCUCGCUACAGGCUGAUGGUAAGGAGGAUAAUGGAAGGGAAUCGUCGCAUGGGAAUGGUUGCUAUUGAUUCUGCAACAGGUACUGUAGCUGACUGUGGAUGUGAGGUGGAAAUUAUGGAGUGUGAGCCACUUCCAGAUGGUCGUUUUUAUCUAGAGGUGGAAGGUUCACGGCGGUUUCGUAUCUUGCGAUCAUGGGACCAAGAUGGGUAUCGGGUUGCUGAAAUUGAGUGGCUCCAAGAUAUUUCUUUACCAGAAGGAUCACAAGAGAGAAAAGACCUGAUGGAAAGGGCCAAUGCAGCUUCAGAAUUGGCCAAGACAUAUGUAAGGCGUGCUAGAGAACUCGCAAGGCCUGCGAGGCGAACAAGACAGUUAGAUCUUGAGAGCAUGCCUGGACCACAGGAUCCCGAAAAUUUUAGUUUUUGGCUUGUGAACUUAAUAAAUUUGAGGCCAUCAGACAGGUUAGAUCUAUUGCGCCUUCGUGAUACUCGAGAGAGAAUUUCUCGUACUCUCAGAUUGUUGGGUGAUGCAGAACAAAUUUGUCGUGUACAGUAAAAGAUAUAUUUGCUGCACAUACGUAACUAUAUGUCACAAGUGAUCUAUUCAUCACAUACAUGCUCUUAUGUACGUUGAAUAAUACUGUAGAGUUAUCAUCGUCAUUUAUGAUUUAUUGAAAACAAUGAUUUUGUACAAACUCAUUUGGUAAUUUAAAUGAAAAUCUAUUGUGUUACUCUCGCAA